UCCCUAUUGACUUCACAUUUUACCAGCAAUUCUACCUGCCUUCACGUAGUAGUUAUGAUUCAACCCACCCCUCCGACGACCGGAGUACAAAUGUCCCACAUGCCAACUCUCGGGCCAAUAUUGAAUCCAGCUGCCUUGGAUACAUCAUCCGCUCUUCUGUCGUCGCUUAAAGCACCUUGAAGCACCUAAGACAGGCCAUUCUACUGCAGACAGAGACAGAGGUAACUGCAAACUGACAGUCGCAGUUGCCCCUUGAGCGCUCGGUAUGGAUAGGGGCUGGUAUUACCGGAAAAGGAAAUCCGGGUUUGCGUACAGGUACGAAUUAUUCUCCCCUUUGAGGGAACUGGCGAUGUUGGCAAGGUCGCACAGUGUCUGGUUCUAUCUUUGUUUCUGUCGUCCGAGUGCAACGAUGUCGCUGUCACUGUCGCUGUCACUGUCGCUGUCGCCGUUGCCGUCGCAGUUCCGGUUACGAUUGCGCUUGCCACCAGAAUGUUUUGCGUCUGUGGCGAGUCUGACACUACUUACGUCGAUGGCGAGACAUACAUCUACAUCUACAUCAACGUUGUGUAUCUUACCUAUAUGCCUUGCAGAUUCCUGCGGAGGCAUGUUUAAGGCGAAGUUCGAGACAAGACCAGUGGCAAUUGUGUUUGCGAUGGCGAGAAUGCCUUCCACGCGUCCAUUCUAGGGAGGUGCAAUUGAGGUUGGAAGUUUAUAUCUUUUCGGCGGUCUAGCUGCCAAUGGAAGCGCGGAUAUCAGCCACCGAGGAACGUUGAGAUGGCGGUGUAGAUCGUGCUUCUUAGUGGCUGUUGGUUCUAUCAUGUAGAUACCUCG